UCAAGAAAUUUAACUUAGUCGUUUGCCGUAAAAAAGCAUCAAGAUGGGGAAGGGGUUCAAUAAUUACAUGACCAAGAAGUUUUUUCAUCCAGCAAGCAAGGAAAACAUAAAACGCGUGUGGAUGGCAGAACAAAAAACUCAAUUUGAUAAGAAAAAACAGGAGGAUUUGUUAGCUCAGUAUCAAAAAGAACAAGACAUGUACAGAAACAGGGCUCUGCUUGGGGAUGAAAAAGCCAAACUAGGUUUGAGCUUUAUGUAUGAUGCCCCACCUGGUAUGAAGAAGAAAGAGCAAGAAGAUGGAGAGGCAGAAGUGAAAUUUGAUUGGCAGAGAAAAUAUAAUGCCCCUAGAGAACAGUAUGCUAAAGAUGAUGAGAUGAUUCGCGAUCAGCCAUUCGGUGUGGAGGUGAGAAAUGUCCGCUGCAUAAAAUGUCGCAAGUGGGGUCACGUCAACACUGACAAGAUAUGUCCGCUGUUUGGUAAAGAUCUCACAGCUGAGCCAGAACAGCCGGAAAACAGUGCCUCCUCUCUAAUAGAGAGUAUGCAGGAGGAUGGAUUUGCACUCAAACAGAGCAUCUUGGGGAGGAUGUCCGAUCCACGAGCUUCCAAUGAGCAAAUCAUUGACAGCGAGGAUGAAGAUGACCCAGAGGUCCAGUUUCUCAAGUCGUUGACUCCUAAACAGAAGAAAAAAUUGCUGAAGAGGUUGAACAAACUUCAGGACAAAAGUUCAGGGAAACGAAAAGGAGAUAAAAAAACAAAAAAGAAAAAGAAAAAAAGGAAGAGAUCAUCGUCAUCAGAUUCAGAUGAUAGUCCCAAAAAGAGACGACACAGAAAAGAGCUUCAAGUGGAUAGUUUUAGCAGUAAUAGUGAUAGCUCAGAUGAUGAUCCAGUGAGAAAAAGGCCAAAGGAAGACUCAAAGAGGAAACACAAACAGAGAAUGGAUAGUGACUCGGAUAGCAGUCCAUAUAGAGGCAAGCAUGCAGAAAAGAAGCAUUUGGGUAUGCACAUGCGUCAAAACAGCUUUGAGGACCGACAUGGAAUGAUGGGAGGGAAUCGACAGAAAAUCCAUCAUAGGUCUCGUAGCAGUUCUGUGGAGGAAAAGCGAAAAGAAAGGAAAGGUUUUCCAGGUCAAAGCAAAAACCACCGGAAACACAGAAACAGCAGUUCUAGCGAGGACGAGAAAAAAUUUAUAAGGAUGGAACCACGAAGUCAAAGAGAUAGACAUGAUUCUAGUGAUAAGGAAGUAUCAAAAUCUUCAAGAGGAUCAAAUCGAGACAAAACAAAACAAUCAGCUGAUGUUAGGGAAAGAGACUCCAGACAAAAUGGUUAUCAGUUCCAAGAAAAAAGGGACUCAUCCUCUCGUCGAGACAGACAUUCUCCAGUCAUAAGAGGGAGAAAGGCAAGUCUUUCUCCACACCGACAUAGGUCAAGGUCAUAUGAAAGAGGUCGAAGGUCAAGGUCAGGAGAUAGAGGUCAGAGAUCAAGAGAAGGAAGAAAAAUUGAAAAUAACAGACAUAAAGAUCGUCACAGUGUCAGAAGGAGAGAGAGAUCAGACAGCCAUUAGGAAAUUUCAUCCUUACAGGAAACGAACUUCAAUAUUUCUGUGUGCUAUUCUUUUGACAAUGCUACAUGUUAACUGAAAAAUAACAUUCGUACAUAAAGAUAUUUUUGGGGGUGCUUUCUUCAGAUGAAACAGUCAUAAAGUACAUAAUGACUUCUUUAAGGUCAAUAUUUCUUUGCUUGGGAAAACUUGUACAUAUGAAAGUUCAAACACUCCAUACUAUCAUUAUCCAGUUCCUAGCUUUAUACAUUAUAUUAGAGCAAUAGCAAACUUCUCUACAAUGUGAUAAUCUGUUUUCCAAAUUAAAGGAAAUUUACAGAAUCAAAUUUCAAACUGUUACCCUAAACUAAUGUGUAUAAGAUCAAAGACGUAAAAUCUGUUUGUAUAUUUGUAAAUAUAUUUUAUAAACUGGUGACCAAAACAAAUUGAAUUAGAUAUCAAUGUGUGAAAGAAGUUACCUAUAGAUGUUUACAGUAAAUCUGCUUAAACUCAGUUGAGAUAUGAUGACUCUGACAUGCUUGAGCCACCACAUAAUUAUGUACAUUUGACAUACUGGUACUGUGUAAUCUUAAAUUACAAUGCAGUACAUAAUUACAGCAUGUGUUAUUGUCCAUGAUCAAAAACUGAUUAGCUCUGUGAUCUCGUGCAGUUUUAACCGAGCAGUUUAUACUGUACAAAUGUAUUAAAAUUUAGAUACAUUUUAUACUGUAAAUGUUUCACUAUGCCUCACGAGUUGUUUGUAAAUGAAAUUUUCCUUACCCUGA